AAUAUUCUGCAUAUCGUCGAUCGUUAUUUUGGCCAUAAGGUUGGUAGUGGAUGAAGACAGCUGAUGCGGGAAUGACACCUUGCCUGUGAAAUGAAACACUGCUGUGAAAUAUUCGCUUGAUAACCAAUAAACCAGCGGAUUGUAGGUCGACAAAACUUGAUAACACCAAAAUCGAUUUUGACAUCAUAUUUAUAAACUAUACUGCGUUAUCGUUCCUCGGUCUCUGAUCAGAAUAAACGAGAAUGUCUAUUCUCAGGCUGAUGAAUUCGUCGGUGGGACGUUGUGGCGUCCAAAGACUUUCACGUUAUGCCUUUUCCUCAUUUCAUCAGCCAACGCAGACUCAAAUAUGCCAGAGUCAAAUGCGCGACAUCAACCUCACCCAUCAAAGAUGGUAUAGAAAUUUUGGCCACAAAAAGGAUCCAAUGCCAUGGCUAAAGUCAUUUUGGAUGGCGUUUCUGACAUUUGGAUUCAUAGGAUUCGCAAUUGAUUGGGGGUACUUCAGUACUCCCAAGAUGCCGAAGGUGGAUGCUGCCGAAGCUUUGACUGAGAAUAAUGAGAGCACAAGUAUUGAACAGGGUGGACAAGAAGAUCAGAAAAAGAAAAAACAUAAGCGGGAAAAAGUUGGUUUCAGAGAUCGUAAGAUUAUUGAAUAUGAAAACCGCAUGAGGCAUUUUUCUACACCUGAUAAGGUCUUUCGGUAUUUUGCUACCCUCCAAGUCACAAAUCCAGCCAACGAUGCUCACGAGGUGUUUAUGACCCCUGACGAUUUCCUAAGGUCAAUGACACCCGGCCUUAAGCAACCCGAUGGCCUGGGGUUAGAUCAGUAUAAACGUUACGACCCUAAGAAUAUUCAUACGAAAUUAGAACUGGAAUUGGAUGAGGACAGUAUUUUUUAUAAACUGGGAAGUGCUGGGCUCAUUACAUUUUCCGAUUACAUAUUUCUCCUAACAGUGCUAUCAACUUCGAGACGUCAUUUUGAAAUAGCCUUCCGGAUGUUUGAUCUUAACGGAGAUGGUGAUGUUGAUUCAGAGGAGUUUGGAAAAGUUGCGACAUUAAUUCGCCAGCAGACCAGCAUUGGCAAUCGUCACAGAGACCACGCAAAUACCGGCAAUACAUUCAAGGGUGUAAACUCUGCAUUGACGACGUACUUCUUUGGUCCUAACAUGAAGCAAAAGUUGACGAUAGAAAAGUUUUUGGAUUUUCAGCAACAGCUGCAGAAAGAAAUUCUCAGUCUCGAGUUUGAGCGUAGAAAUCCUGAUGAGAAUGGUAAUAUUUCCGAGGUAGAUUUUACCGAAUUACUUUUGGCGUACGCAGGCUACCCGGAAAAGAAAAAAGCACGGAUGCUGAAACGAGUUAAAAAAACUUUCAGAGAGAAUCCCAAGGGCGUAAGUAAGGAAGACUAUCUGAGCUUUUUCCAUUUUUUGAACAACAUUAACGACGUUGAUACCGCUUUGACAUUUUAUCACAUAGCUGGAGCAUCGAUAGAUCAAGCAACGUUGAAACACGUCGCAAAGACGGUUGCCCACGUCGACUUGAGUGAUCAUGUUAUACAGGUUGUCUACACGAUAUUCGAUGAAAACAUGGAUGGUCAGCUUAGCAAUCGAGAGUUUGUGGCAGUGAUGAAAAAUAGGCUUCUACGUGGCUUGGAAAAGCCAAAAGAUACCGGCUUUGUUAAGUUGAUUCAAUCAAUGGUUAAAUGCGCCAAGAACACCCAUCCAGUAUUGUUUGAAAAAUAGUUUGAAAUCCUUGCAAUUAGAUAUUUCAAAAGUUUAAAAAUGAAUUUGCUUUAUUAGCCCACCGUAAAGAGUCGCAAAGUGAGUGCGAAAAGAUUGUUGAAAUAUUAUGUGUAAUGUUAAUAACGACUUUGUAUAUGAUGACUAACCGGGUCUGACAAUGAAAACUAUCACAAAUAUGAUAUUUUGAAACUAUUUGUAGGUAAAUUUUCACUUAGAGUUUGUGAAUUUAGUUUUAAUUUGCUUAAAAAUAUGUUUAUAAAGUUUUUUUUGUAUGAUUGUAUUUAUUCACUGAAUUUUCUGUGUACUUUAUAUAAUGAGUUCAUACGUAUAUAUAAUUAAGAGUUAAGUUCGGGAGUUAUUGUUCUUUUUAUAAUGCAACACACAAAUGAUCAAAUCACACAUUAUUAUGUACUCCAUGAAUGCAAAACGUGAUAUUAUAAAAUAUAUUGUCAGGACUCUCUAAGACCCAGUUUCAGAAGAUCAA